UCGGAUUUCCCCCUUUUCCCUGCAAAAAUUCAAUUCCUCAGCGACUGAAAUACAAAAGCCCUAGAAUCGAAAAAUGAUGAGGAGCUUGUUAUCUCGGAAUCUAUGGCGCGAAAUCGGCGCCUCCAUAUCCCCGAAUGCAAGAGCUUCUUCUGCUGUUGGCGGCGGCGGCGUCGGCGGCUGUGGAAGAAGGUACUACGGGCUGAUUCCGAUGGUGAUCGAGCACUCCUCGAGGGGGGAGCGUGCUUACGAUAUAUUCUCGAGGCUGCUGAAGGAGAGGAUCAUUUGCAUCAACGGUCCGAUUUCUGAUGACACUGCUCACGUUGUUGUUGCGCAGCUCCUCUUUCUCGAGUCGGAGAAUCCGUCGAAGCCCAUUCACAUGUAUCUCAAUUCUCCCGGCGGCGCUGUUACUGCUGGUCUUGCUAUCUACGACACGAUGCAGUAUAUCCGCUCCCCAAUUAACACUAUAUGUUUAGGUCAAGCUGCAUCAAUGGCUUCUCUCCUAUUGUCUGCUGGUGCAAAGGGAGAGAGGCGGUCCCUCCCCAAUGCUACGAUUAUGAUUCACCAGCCUUCGGGUGGGUACAGUGGACAGGCAAAGGAUAUAAGUAUCCACACUAAAGAGAUUAUUCGUAUUUGGGACUCACUGAAUGGACUUUACUGUAAGCACACUGGACAGUCUCUUGAAGUAAUCGAGAAGAAUAUGGAUCGUGAUUAUUUCAUGACUCCUCAAGAGGCAAAGGAAUUUGGGAUUAUAGAUGAAAUCAUGGACGAGAGACCAAUGGCCCUUGUGACUGAUGCUGUCGCAGAUGAAGCCAAAGAUAAAGGUUCAAAGUAGAAUAUUCAAUUUAAUCUUGCAGUUGCCCGAGGUUUCACUACGAAUCCUGUGUUCUGAAGGUGGAACUGAAACACAUGAAGCAAUUUUUCGGCUUUUAAUCUUGCAGUUGAUCUCUAGUCAUCAUAUAACUAUUGGUUGAAACACGAUAAACACUUUUCGCCUUGUCUCUGUUCUUCAAUUUUUCAUUCAAGCAAAAAACUAUUAUGCGAGCUUUGAACGUGAAGCAAUUUUUUGGGUUUUAACAUAAUAAUAUUGCUGGAGA